UUCGCGCACCGCAAUAUCACGUGAGGGCUGCCUUGACUAGGUUUUCCCGAGUGGAGGCUGGCUCGACCGCAGUUAUUUUUCUGUGUGGAUGUCUCGGAGAGCAGGUGUAUGCAGAAGAGGGUGUUUAACUGCGUGACCAACAUGGCUCUUCUUCAGCAUCCCCGCCUGCUACUGCUAGCUUGUUUCGUUGUGUUGUUGACCGCAGCCCGACCAACUGACGCUCGGUCUUUGCCAAUAUCGGAUCUAAAAUCCAGAAUAUCCGGCGUGGAGGAUCUCCUGGAGGAGUUCCGCAAGCAGCUGCAGCAGGACCAGACGUACAAGGCAGCAGGCGAUGUGGUUGACUCCUGUGUGGGCGACUUCAACGCCGUAGGGGAGCGCAUCAUCCGAGCCAAGGCCUCCAUCGAGCAGGGGGCCACCUUCCUGCUGGCCCCGGACAGGGUGUUCUCCUGGAGGGACUGUCUGCACGCCUGCUGCUCCCAGCCGCACUGCACCGUGGCGGUGGUUCAGCAGGACCUGAGGCAGCCCGGGGACAGUCUCAACUGCUAUCUGUUCAACUGCACCUACAGGAAUAAAAAUGUCUGCUCCUUCGCUCCUCAGCAGGGCUUCACCACAUACAACCGGAAUCCCAACAACAACAACAACACGCAGGAACAACUCCCUGUUUCCCCCGGCAGCCCAGCGAGGAGGCCCGGGGAGGGACAUCCAGAAGAGGAGAAUACACAAGCAGAUGAGCCCCCCCGCAGUGAUGCUGGACAGGAUGUGGUGAUCCAGCUGCCCACAGACUGGGCCGUCCUGGAUGGGCGGGACAGCGUGGACGACCAGGGGAUCAGCUAUUACGAGUGGACUCUCGUUAAGGGAGACACUGCCAUCAAUAUGAAGGCAACUCAUCCUGGACUGUUGAAGAUCAGCGGUCUGCAGGAGGGCGUAUACUCCUUCCAGAUGACUGUCACAGACACAGCGGGACAGAAGAGCUCGGACAACGUCUCCGUCACUGUGCUGGCACCAAAACACCAAGCAGAAGUGUGCACGGGUUCCUGUUCAAAGUACCAGUUUAAGUGUGAUGACGGCUGCUGUAUUGACAUCACCUACGCCUGUGACGGGAAGCAGCACUGUACCGACCGCUCGGACGAAGACUUCUGCCCAAAAUUUGAAAGCAACAGGAAGUCGGUGACACACCCUGCUGAUGAGCCAAACCGUCCUGCAGCUCAGACGGAGGAGACAGGGGACGGCUCCAUGCUGCAGUUAGGGCUCGGAAAGACCAUCGAGGACGUCCCACCUCUUAUGGACAGGAGCUACGCCGGUCCCCCACAAAGUCCCGGUCAGCAGGAGGCUCCGGUCGGUCAAGAUCCAUGUGCUGCAGCUCCAGUUGUCGGACCCUGUAAAGGCACCUUUCCACGCUGGUACUACGACCACAAUGGGGGAGAAUGCAAACACUUCCUGUACGGCGGUUGCCAGGGCAACCAUAACAAUUUCCUCCAGGAAUCUGACUGCGUCAGCGAAUGUAUACAAAAAGGCCCAGCUUUCAAACCGGCAACUGCAGCUCCACCAAUCACCAAACCGACUGAGAUAGCUGCCCCUAAAGUCUCUCAGAGCCAACCAGAGAGCAGCUUCCCCAUCUCCAAACCAUUUCCAGCACGAGGAGGGCAUCCACCACCUGAGUCAGGUGCGAUCCUGCCUCUGGCUCUCGGCCUCAUCAUCACCUCUCUGCUGCUGCUCAUGAUCGGCUGUCGACUCAGACUCGUUCAACACAAGAUUAAGAAAACCCGCCCCCUCACCACAGAGGAGUCGGAUUACCUCAUCAACGGCAUGUACCUGUAGCCAAUCAGCAAACACGUGAGAUCUGAGAAACAGUGGGUGUUGUUGCCUGAGCCUGGACUUUUUGAUUUUGCUCUCCCAACUCUCUUCUGUUUCUGAACCUCCCUGCACAGACUGAACCCUUCUCACUCGGUAAACUGAUAGAUGCUCCCUUCAAAGCCACAUAUUCAGAUGCUUGUCAUUCAUACUUACGUCUUAAGAAAUAUCUGCGAUGGAAGAGUCAGCUCGUAUAUAGAUACUGAUAUACAGCUGUCUGCAUUACCCCCAAUGACUUCUGGGAUAUAUGCAGUCUUGGGGUGUUUCUCAAUGUCAAGGACGCUUCCUUGGUAGGACAUGUCUUCCGAGUAACUUCCUUCAGAAGCGAGGCAAG